AUGGAAAACGUGUACGGGUUCGACGCUACAUGCAGUCCGCACAGCGCGCUCACCGCGUUGAGACUUCUACGGAGCUACAACCACUUCGUAGUGCCUCCCGAAGCUCGUGGGAUGGUACCACUCCUGACCGCUCUACCACCGCCGUGUCUACCAGCAUACUGUCACCACCUACCACUAUCAUCACCACCUUUUGGGAAUGAAUCGACGAAUAGCGUCAGCUCAUUGCAAGAAGACGGCAGACGUCGUGGCGAGAAAAGACCGAUACCUAGCGAACUGAAAGACGAGAAGUACUUCGAAAGACGAAGAAGAAACAAUCAAGCCGCGAAGAAGAGUAGAGAUGCUAGAAGAAUGAGGGAAGAUCAGAUCGCAUGGAGGGCUUGCGUGUUGGAACAAGAGAACGCGUCACUCCGCGCCCACGUGGCCGCGCUCACGCAGGAGACACGGGCGUUGAGGGCGCUGCUGGCUAGGGAUGAAGCGCCCACGUCGACCACGGACUAG